AAGAGAGGAAGAGAAGAACUGAAGCGCUCUCAGCUUGUGACACAACAGGAGAGGCGCUCCAACAAAGUAGUUGGGAUUCGGAACAACAUCGGUUAGGUUGGAACUGUAUCCUGGGAGCUUAAAGCAGUCAAGUCAUCUUGUUCGUUGGGUCACAAAUCGACAUGAGUUGUGAUAAAGGCACCACCAUGAGGCAAUGCUUGGUGUGUUUGGAUUACACCAAGCGAAGUCACUUGAACUAUGGAGCUGAUGCGUGCUUCAGUUGUCGAGCCUUCUUCCGUCGAGCGCACCAAAAAUGUCCAAAGUCCAUACCCAAUUUUCAGUGUAAGAAUGGAAACCAGUGCAACGUGAAUGCCAAAAACCGUCGACGAUGUCAGAAAUGUCGGUAUGACCGGUGUCUCCAGUAUGGCAUGAAGCCCGAAUGUGUCUUGGAUGAUGGACAACGUCGGUCCCGAUUUCGAAAGCCCUUCGUGCGCAAGACCUCCAAUAGUUGUUCCGAUCAAUCUCGAGGAUUGGACAGAUAUGCAAAGUGUUUGGAUUCUAUUGAUGAGAGCGAGGUUCAAAACGAGAGUGAGAUUCGGAACGAAACUCAAGAGAUGGACGAGUACCUGAAUGGGAAUGAAGAUAGCAUUUUUGAGCCGGAUGUGGAAGAUGCUCAAUCCCCUCGUUACCAACCCCCUUUGGAUUCGACCAUGGACCUCAUUCAGCCGUGGGAGGUUGAAAAAGGAAAGAAGAUCGAAGGGGUUGAGGAUGUUAUCGAGCUAAUCAACUUGUGUAAGGAGAACACGCUUACCAAUGACUACUCUCAGUGGUCUAGAAUGGAUAUUAAUGCGGAUAGGAUCUCUCACUUGAAGAUGAUUUGGACGAACAAUUUCUCUUAUCUAUCCUAUGACUAUUGGUUCAUCUAUGCCAUGGUAUCUUUCCAUCAUGGAGGACCAACGCCUUCAGUGCAAGCUUUGAAACAGUACCUUCUGACCCUCCGGGAUUUCUUUUGGCACUUGGCUGGAUGCUUCCAAACCUUUGGCAUUCCCCUCAGAGAUCUCAAUGUUUUGGUGGAAAGAAACACACCGUUAUUUAUUCACCUCGUAUUGGGCAAAUACGCUUCAUCUGCUUCGGGCAGACACCAAUUGCAGUGGCUCCUCAUGCUAAAACUACCUCACUACCUCCAAAUCCCUGUGGCAAAUUGUUCCAAAUUAGAGCCUCAUUUUCAAGCUCUCCUGGGUCAUCAUUUAGAGGAAUAUAUACGGUUCUCUAGCAAACUCAGUGAAGGUCAGGUGGAUCUUCCAGACUUGGCCCUGAUUUCGGUCCUGAUCUUACUCAAAACAGACCCUAACACUUGCCUUGAUCAACCGGACAAAGUGAAGAUCCAAUUCAAGGCCCUGUUACAUCACAUCGAAACGAGUCCCAACUCCUCUAGCUCUACCAAAAGUGAUAUCUUGCACACCCUGCACACAGUUCAAACCAUGGCAAAUAAGUUUCUACUUCAUAGCUCAACAGGUUGUUACUGGCGAUAUCAAAUGACGGUGCCCUACUCGAACGAAGAAGAAAAUUGGACUGUCCGACAAUUUCAACUUUUCGACCAGACAUUCCGACAGAUUUCGUUUGGCGAGGACCUGGUCAAAGAAUUCAUCAUGUUCGCUUUUGACGUUCCAGUGUCCCAACGCUUUCUACCCGAGAGUUUCAAGAUUUGCACUCAACGUUUUCAUGACAUAUUUCUGUUGCACGAGGAAAGUGCUCGUCUCACACGUCUGGACCGCAAAAUCAUGUGGAAUCAGAACCUCCUCUUGGCUGUGGCUGUAUGGGUGACCAAAUGUGAAAGCUAUGAAACAGGAAUUGAUCAACUGAAAUUCAAUCUGGGUUGUUCCGACACAACGGUCUACAAUGAAAAUUAUGGUUCAUUUUUGGAGCAAAAGUCAAUCAAGAAAUUCACGAUGCUUGAUAUCAACUGGUACACCGCAUUAAUGUCUCGAGAAGUUUGCGAGAGGUUCUCGGCCUUGGUUAAACACCUCUCCAAAUGUGUCGAGGAUACUGACAAUUACAAGCUGCUCUGUCUCAUUUGCAUCCUCACCCCUGACAAUAUGGAGUUCACGUCAUCAAUGCAGAGACUCCAAGCUCAAUACAUUAACUUGCUCAAACGUCGGAUCAAGGUUCAGUGUGACCAACGGAAUCUGAAUGGUUGCUCCGAAGCCAACCACCCUUUUGCCGAUUUCAAUACCGCUAUGGCCAAUGUGAAAGAAUUGGCCGCAAUCAUUAAAACUUUUAACAAGAUGACUUCAGAGUGAUUGAGUAAAAAAAGAUACCGGCACAUAUUCCAAUCAUUCACCCAAAAGAAUUAUUCUUCGAUUAUUGAUGUUGUGAUACAUUCUCUUAUAAGAUGAAUGGAAAUUAAACCUGAAUU